UUUGUUGUUGGAGAAAAGGAGAGAAAGGAAAGCGCGAGGAGACGCCGCCACCGCCACCAGCGCAGCUGUCCCAGAGCCGCGAGGAGACCGGCCGCCCGACUUCCCCCCGCCUCGCCGGCCGCCGCGUCCUCGGAUUUGUUCCAACAAUCUGUUAAAACAUGGUGGAUUACUAUGAAGUUCUGGGCGUGCAGAGACAUGCCUCACCCGAGGACAUUAAAAAGGCGUAUCGGAAACAGGCACUGAAAUGGCAUCCGGACAAAAAUCCUGAAAAUAAAGAAGAAGCAGAGCGGAAAUUCAAACAAGUAGCUGAGGCAUAUGAGGUGUUAUCGGAUGCAAAAAAGCGGGACAUCUAUGACAAAUACGGCAAAGAAGGAUUAAAUGGUGGUGGAGGAGGAGGUGGAAGUCAUUUUGACAGUCCGUUUGAGUUUGGCUUCACAUUCCGGAAUCCAGAUGAUGUCUUCAGGGAAUUUUUUGGUGGAAGGGACCCAUUUUCAUUUGACCUCUUUGAAGACCCAUUUGAUGACUUCUUUGGGAACCGAAGGGGUCCCCGAGGAAGCAGAAACCGAGGUGCAGGCUCGUUUUUCUCUGCCUUCAGUGGAUUUCCUCCUUUUGGAGGUGGAUUUCCUGCUUUUGAUACAGGAUUCACUCCAUUCGGCUCACUAGGGCAUGGGGGCAUCACUUCCUUCUCUUCAGCAUCAUUUGGCGGUAGCGGAAUGGGCAACUUCAAAUCAAUAUCAACUUCUACUAAGAUAGUUAAUGGCAAAAAAAUUACUACAAAGAGAAUUGUGGAGAAUGGUCAGGAAAGAGUAGAAGUUGAGGAAGACGGACAGUUAAAGUCCUUGACGAUAAAUGGUGUGCCUGACGAGAACGCCCUUGCAGAAGAAUGCCAGCGGAGAGGCCAACACACACCAAUUCUGGCCUCUGGGCCGGCCCCAGCAUCAGUUCGGGCCCCCUCCCCAGCCCGGCCCCCGGCCCGGCCCCCGGCCCCAGCUCCAGCUCCAGCCCAGACUCCGGCCCCUUCUAUCAGCACCCGCCCACAGAAGCCACCCAAGCCUGCCCCGACGGUCAAACUUGGGUCUAAAAGCAACCGGGAAGAUGAAGAGCAGGACAGGCAGCGGGUUUCUGGCAACUUGGAUGCCCCCAUGACCUCAGCAGGUGUGCAGAAGGGAGCUGGUGUGGAGCACCCCCAAAGUGGUUUGCCCCCAGACCCAGGACAGCGAGAACAGAAGUCAGGCCUGUGUUGCUGCAUUCUGACCUGAGCAGGCAUGGGGAGCUGGGGGAAGGUGCCAGGCCUACCAAGUAUGGGCAGAGGAGACCCUGCACCCAGCUCACCUCCCACAGUUGCUCUAUGUACAGCCUAGCUUCGUGGUUCAAAGCCCCUUGAUUAAAACAGGGGUCCCAGUAUUCUGAUGUGUAUGGAGUAUGUUGUCUGUGUCAAGUUGACUGCUGAGGAAAUGGCUAGGUGCUGCUUCUGCCCCUAAUGGCUCCUUAUAGUUUUGGUACUAGAUCUUGAGGUCUGUCACUUGACCUUACUUGCCCCAAGGCCACUCACACACUUAUAAUAGCUUCACUUUCCAGACAAAAGACACAGGUUCCCAGUAGAGUUCUCUCAGGUGAGCUACAGGUGAAGUUGGAGGCCUGGCUCCUUCCUCCCUCAGUGCUCAGGAUGGGAUCGUCCACUGUCCAACUCUACCCUCAGCCAGCAGCUUGUACAUCUUCAGGAGUAUUUCCUAUAUAGAACAUUCUGGGUGCUCAGCAUGUACACAUAGAAUUUUCCCAGUCAGGCCCAAGCCCUAUAUCAGUGUAGUUUUAUUGCCCAGAAGUGAAACAAGUUUGUGCCCAUGGUCAAACAGGCCAAACUAUGGUGGAGAUGUGGCUUGGUGGUCUGUGUCUGAUUGUAUUGCAAAGUGCUCGAAAUAGGACACAGAGGGCAAAGGUCAAUUCCAUUGCUUCCCAGAACUUUGUAUUAAAGUCAAGUCUCCAAGCUCCUUCUGGUUCUCCUCAUAGGAGAAUGAAGCAGAGAACUCUCCAGGGUUCUAUGAGCAAAAGAACACGAAGUCCUCCAUGGGUGAGGCAUUGCUGGAACUGGGCAGCCAGCGUAUAGCAUAUACCUUGCUAUGAAGAGAUGCCAGCAAAAACAGAUGGGUGACUGGGACAUGAGCUUUGGGCAGCUGAGUGGCAGGUGGGUAGGUUUGCCUGACUGCACUAGAAAGCUUUCAUGUGCCUCAGUGACUAUGGACACCUCCCACGAUGUCUUGUUCCCUCCCAGUGCUCCCAAGAGGACUGGGAGGGGUGAUGAGAGGUAGCGAGCAGCAGGCUUGGAGAUUUUGGCACCUCCCCAUCCCCUUCAUGUUCAGUUGCGAAGACAUCAUAAGGCUGGCCUGUCAGGUGCUGUGCCAUUAAUCUCCUGGUUUUUAGAAGGCGUACAGGGACAGGCCUGCCUGCAGAACUUGUUUACAGGUGCGCAGGCCUCCCACAGCAGGAUCUGGACAGGAAGUGUGACUGCAGCAGAUGGCCAUUCUCUUGGCCCUGGGCCACGCCUGUUAAGCAAAAGGUGAUCAGCCAAGGCCGAAGAAUCUGGAGACAGUAGAGUUGAGCAGUAAGAACAGCAAAUCACUCUCCCCUUGUUGCUUUGUCAGUGCUGAUCCAGACCUUUUCUGUGUGUGUGUUGAGGGGAGGGAGGUGAACUAGUGAGCUUGUGGAUUCCUGUAGAAAUUCUUGGCCUGAGAGGCUGGAAAAGCUGUGAAUGAGGUGGUCUCCCUGUAUGUUUCCAAGUCUGGAGUCAGGAGCAUCUGCCCACAUGGCUCUGAGUGUAGCCAGUGCUUCCUCUGCUCUGUCCCUUUGCUCCCCAUGUUUUUAAGGAACCAUGCUUUCAUAUAGACAAGUUUGUGAGCAACCCUUCACGUAACUUCUGUAGACAAGCUUGUGAGCAACCCUUCACGUAACUUCUAUAGAAAAGCUUGUGAGCAACCCUUCACAUAACCUCUAUAGACAAGCUUGUGAGCAACCCUUCACAUAACUGCUAUAGACAAGCUUGUGAGCAACCCUUCACGUAACUUCUAUAGACAAGUUUGUGAACAACCCUUCACUUACCUUCUCACUCAGAAAUGGUGUCUCAUUUUGAAGUGGGGUUCUCCAAAUUGCCACCCGAGCUAUAUGAGAGCUUGGCUUAACAACAAAGUGAAAACAAAACCCGUUGGGAGGGAGGGACAUUAGAAGCUUAGCUACGACACAACAGUGGUUUCUGGUUUCUACAGCGACAAAGCUGUCAUCUCUGGGCAGCAUAGCUUGCUCUGUACUGCAAACCACUGUCCUCCAGGCAGCACAGAAGCCUUUGCAAAGUCUGAUGCUCUGCUGUUGGGAUCAGGGGGACCAAGAACAGACCUUUCCUUUUAAAGUUCUGAGAGCCAUGUUGAAGAUCUAAGAUGGUCUGGGCCAGGCUUCCUGCACUUCUUGACCCAGUGCAGCCUUCAGUGGUUUUGCCGUUAUUACUGGUUUUGAUUGGAUUUACAAGUCUUGGGCAAAUUUUCCUAAAAAAAAAACCACAAAGAGAAACUUUGUGCAGACCAUCCCAGUUGCAGCCAGAGAACUGCCAGGCAGCUAGAUGCAGCCUGGCCAGUUGGCACUGGGAAGGGGAGUUUCCUAGAUGAAAACAAUUUUCACUAAGGUGUCUUCAUAGAGAAAGACCUAUUGUGCAAUUCAAGCCACCUGGGGCUUCAUGGAUUGGAUGUGUGUAUCUGUGUGUGUGUCUUUAAAGUUUGUUCUGCUGCACUUCUUGGAGAAGGGAUUAGUGGCAUUUUUCAUUUGUGUAGUCCACACACAACAUGGGUCUGCGAACUGUGAAGAACAACACAUGGCUAUUAAAAACAGAAAUUAUUCAACAUUAGGAAAAAUCAUGAAUGAAGGAAUAAACCUUUCUUUCCUUCCUCUUCCUGCUGAACUUGACCCUGCCCAGUAGCUCUGUGGAGUGUGGACCUCUUCACAGAACAGCACGGCUUGCACUUUGCAGAGAUAGAACCUACAUCUAACCCUGCUGCUGGCCUGCCUCUUGUGCUCCCUGCCCCUCAAACUAAUUCAUGUGUUAAGAUUUUGGUGGAUCUUCAUGGGAAUGUUGAGGUAUCUGUUGGCAUGUUCUGAGUUCUCUUUUGUGGCUCCUGUUCAACAUGAGGCCCAUAUCCCACCUACUUUCAUUGUGACCAGGAUCUGAGGACUUCCGCAGUCCUAAAGGCAGAGCCCUUUGUUUCUGGCUCAUUGGCAGCGUCCAAAGGUUGAGCCUCCGUCCAUCUACUGUGGACUUGGUUGGUAAGGUUGUACUUAUUUUAUUAGCUUUAAUGACAGGAAAAUGAGAGAGGCUUUGUUUUCAAGGAAGAAAAAUGAUCUGCUAGGGAGAGUGGGCUGUCCAUUGCAGAAGGGAACUGUGGAGAUUGACCUGGCUGUGUAGGUGACAGGAUUGUACAUUCUGCAGAUAGGGCCUUGGCAGGGUCUCAGGACUGAGAUGGAGCCUGUGCCACAGAGCUGGUUCUGUGGCUGGGCUGCUGGGUGAAUGCAGGAUGCUUGCUGUGAAUAGCACACUUCCUGUGUGGUGGUGCUGUUCUGUGAGUAACACGGAAGGUCUUCAGCAUGCUAUCCAAACGGAUUUGGUGUUUUCAUUUUUGAUGUGGACAUCAUGAAUGGCUGUUCUGUUGCUCUCUUUGUACAUGGGGAAGUGUCUAGUGAGUGACCCGCCUCAUGGGGAAGCAGUUGUUGGUGUGCAGUGUUUCACAAGCCAUGUU